AGCGUGAUUAUAAAUAUCAGAUUUUAUCAUUAUUAUGCGUUACAUCAGACUUUUGUGUCCGAUAUAACUGUGACCUUUUAAAAAACAUUUCCAGUUAUCACAUUCUGAAUAUUGGAUAUAAAGUUAUACCUUAAGAACAUAUUGAAAAAGGAAAGGAAGAAAACAUUCAUUUCAUCAACAAAGAACAAUGGCAGAAGUGAGGAUACCGGAUGCAGGUGGCGCCACUAUGAGAAUGGUGGAUGUUGGAGAUUUCAUCGUUCCGAUAUUUCUUAAAACUGGUCCAGAAAUAAGCGAUAUUUUCCAUAAAGUUCCUAAUUUUAAAUUCCGGAAUGAUGAUCUGAUGCUUUGCACAUUUGCGAAAACAGGUACAAACUGGAUGUAUGAAAUACUAAUGAUGAUUCUUAACAGAUCUGCUGAAAGAGUACAGACCAAUAAAGUAUCAACCAUGAUUGAAUGUGUCACCGCAGAAGAAGCCGACCAACAGCCAUCACCUCGGGUCGUGAAUUGUCACUUCCCGCCAAAAUACCUACCUUUGGAAGAUAUGAGGGCCAAACAGAUUAAAACAGUAUUAUGUCUACGAAACCCGAAAGACACGGCCGUGUCAUACUACAAUCACAUGAAGGGGUUAAAUAUCUAUGAAUAUGAUGGUAAAUGGGAAGAUUGGUUACCAGUGUAUAUGCAAGGAAAAUUGGAAUAUGGAAAAUACAGUGAGUAUUUGAUAGAGUGGCAACAACUCAUACAAGACGGUCCAGGAUUUCCGUUACACGUCAUGUUUUACGAGGACGUGAAAAUGAAUGGACAGAAAGAACUUGAUAGGCUGUUGAAAUUUCUUGAUAUACAACUAGAUGCUCAACUGAAGAAUGACAUUAUGGAAAUGUGUGGUUUUGAAAAGAUGCGUGAAGAAAAAGGGAAAAAUAAAGGAAUUGAAGUAUAUCUUAAAAAGGAUUUCAAUUUCUUUAGAAAAGGUCAAGUCGGUGACUGGAAGAAUUGGUUUUCGGUUGCACAAGAUGAAAUGUUUCCGCAAAAUGGGAAAAGGGAAAAGAAAGAUUUGGGUUUAUUCAAGUUUUGA